GCUUUCCACAAGUGGUCAGUAUUAACGAUUUGUUGGCCACGUCGAUGAAGAUGAAUCUGUCAUUAUAUAGUGUAAACGCGUUCCUCAUCUUAGACGCUGAAGGACAUCGUGUCCUUGCCAAGUACUACCGACCCAAAGGUCAUCCUCAGGGCGAGUCCAAGGAACUUUUGACAUUGAAGGACCAACGAGCAUUUGAAAAGGGCCUGUGGCAGAAAACAAAAAAGCCUGGAGCCGAUAUCAUACUCUACGACGGUCGUCUUGCAGUCUUCCGACAUACAUUAGACCUCAUCUUCUACAUCAUCGGCGGUGCAACAGAGAACGAAAUCAUGCUUUACUCUGCUCUCACUGCGUUCUCUGACGCUGUACAUUUGCUGUUGCGGAAUCAAGUUGAGAAGCGGGCUGUGCUGGAGAACCUCGACAUGGUUCUUUUGUGCCUAGAUGAAACAAUCGAUGAUGGAAUUAUUGUGGAAACGGAUUCGACGACAAUCGCAUCCAGAGUUAGUCGACCAAAGGCCGACACAACUGAGAUUGUAAUCAAUGAGCAGACGAUUAUGAAUGCGUAUCAAACUGUCAGGGAAAAGGUCCAGCAGAGGAUACAACAGCUGUAGAUCCAUCUUUUGUACUUUCCUUCUCCAUCAUAGAACAUUCGCAUUUUGCGGUGACCCUUAGGCUUGCCUGAC